AUGGAACCCAAAGACCACUCCAACAACGGCCACGCACGCAGCGAGCUAGACUCGAUGAGCGACAGAGCCAAGUCCGUCUCGCGCAAGAGCGACGACACGGCUAGGCUUGGCAUCCUUCAAUAUGAAGAAAGCCAAGGCUCAUCACCGAAGCAGUACAAGUACGGAUGGAGGUUCUGGGCCAUCUUCUUCGGCCUGGCCGUCACUGCUCUGAUCAGUGGCAUGGAGGGCGUCAUUCUAUCCACGGCGCUGCCGACCAUCUCGCGGGACCUUGGCCCCGGAGAAAACUAUUCGUGGGUGGUCAACGCCUACUUUCUCACCAGCGCUGCGGUCCAGCCGCUAUACGGACAACUUGCAGAUAUAUUCGGGCGCAGAUGGAACAUGCUGGGUGCGGUCGCAAUCUUCGGCCUGGGCAGCGGCAUCUGUGGCGGUGCAAUGAGCUCCACUAUGCUGAUCGCAGGCCGUGCCGUUCAGGGCAUCGGCGCCGGCGGCCUAAACAUGCUCAUCGACGUCAUCAUCUGUGAUCUGGUGCCUCUCCGCGAGCGAGGCAUGUACGUGGGGUUGCUAUUCAUGAUCGUCACCGUUGGAUCUGCUGCCGGGCCCGUCAUCGGUGGCGCCAUUGUUGACAAUACAUCCUGGCGCUGGGUCUUCUACUUCAACUUGCCCUUCUGCGGCUUGGCCCUCGUCCUCCUCUGGGCCUUCCUCCGUACAGCCUUCCAAAACGAGGCAUCGCUCGCCAACAAACUCAAGCGCAUCGACUACAUUGGUAAUGCCAUUAUCAUGGGCGCCACCGUUGCCACGCUAUUCGCCGUCACCUACGGCGGCACCCGUUAUGCCUGGUCCUCUCCGCACACCCUCGUCCCUCUUAUCCUCGGCAUACUUGGCUUCGUCAUCUUCGCCCUGUUCGAAUGCUCCCGUUUUGCCCCAAACCCCGUCAUUCCGCCCCGCCUCUUUACGAACCGCACCUCUUGCAUCGCCUACUUUGUCACCUUCCAGCACGCGAUUGUCACCUACUGGGUCACGUUCUUCCUGCCCGUCUACUUCCAGGCCGUACUGCGGGCCACGCCCACCCGGGCUGGCGUCAUGAUGCUGCCCACAGUCACCAUCUUUGCUCCCUUUGCCGCCAUCGCCGGCGGAGUCGUUUCAAAAACGGGGCGCUACAAGCCGGCCAACAUUGGCGGCAUGCUCAUCGCCACCAUUUGCGUCGGCUCUCUGUCUGUGCUCGACGCUCACACGCACACAGCUGUUUGGGUCGUCUUGCAAGGGUUGGUGGCUGCGGGCUUGGGCACGGUGAUCAGCACGCUGCUGCCGGCGGUACAGGCUGGCGUGCCCGAGACGGAGGCCGCGUCGACGACUGCCACACUCGCCUUCAUACGCAGCAUUGCUACGGUUUGGGGCAUUGCGAUACCCGCUGCUAUUUUCAACAACCGGUUCGACCAGCUGCUGCCGAGCAUCGACGACGCAGGCGUCCGUGUUAUGCUGUCGAACGGUAAGGCCUACGAGCGUGCGUCCAGGGACUUCAUCAACAGCUUUCAAGAGCCACUGAGGAGCCAAAUUAUUGGCGCGUAUUCUCGGAGUUUGAGCAGGAGCUGGACGAUUGCUGUGGUAUUCGCGGGCACGGCGCUGGUUGCGGCCUUCUUCGAGAAGGAGCUUACGCUUAGAACGGAGCUCGAGAAUGAGCAUGGGCUCGAGAAGAAAACCGACGGUGGGAAACCCAUGGGAAGCAACACUGUGUAA